AUGCUCCAAGACGAUUUUAGUGACCAAAGUGGCGACGAUUUGGAUAAUAUUGGCCCCGGGGAACCCAAAUCUGUGGUAGAAUCUGCAAAUGGAACAUUGGUGAUAAUUGUUUGUAGAGGAAAACAUUUACCAAACCGAAGAAAACUUGAUAAACAAUCGCCAUAUGUCUCUUUGAGACUAGGAACAAUAGCCAAAAAGACGAGCGCUCAUUUCCGGGCGGGACAAACUCCAGAGUGGACCCAGGAGAUUCGGUUUGAGUUGGAAAGAGACAAGAAACCCAUAUUGAAAGUCGAUGUUUUGGACGAAACUAAAGGUGAACCAACGCCAAUUGGUUCUGUUGAGAUCGAUUGUGCUGUUCUCUUUGCUGAGGAGAGGUGUCAGGACGGAAAAUAUAUCUUUGAUCAGUGGCACGAGUUGAUGUUGAAUGGAAAAAGAGCCGGGAUGAUUUAUUUGGAAAUGACAUUCUACCCCAGUUCUCCACUUCUUCCUCCCAAAUUGCCAGCUAAGACUUCUGGUUCUUAUAGCGUGGGUUCCACGUCCGUGUCGCCGAGAAAGCAGCUUCCUGCUCCUCCUGUACACCCUUCACAGCUGCGUCCCAAGACGGUAGCCGACGAUAUAUUUGUCACUUCCGAGUACGAAAAGAGUCGAAAACACUCAUUUUUCGGCUCGCCAUCUCCCAAAGAACUCACCACGUCCACAACCAGUGAUCCUCUGGAGGAAAAAAGUCCCAAAAAAGCCGGUCGUUUUGCCAAACUCAAAUCCAAGUUUCAGUCUAAAGAGCCCAUAUCGCAGUUUUGGGACCUUCCAAAGAAACGAGCAGGACUGCCCAAACGACGCUCCGACUCGCCAAUCAGCGAAUAUGGCUUUGACGACGAAAUCGAGCCGUACCCAGCUAUGGGCCUUUACAACGACGAAGAUAUCCCGCCACCUCCUCCACCACAUAGUGUCUGCGAUAUGCCGCCACCCACGCCCCCACACUCUACCCAUGGCCAGACACCAUCAUAUAACCAGAACCUCUCUGUCAGUCCUGAUCGGCGGCCUCGCAGUCCGCAGAGAAAACCUCCACAAACAAUAGACCUUCACCCACCAAAUCACUCACCUAACCAUACAACUGAAACCACCCUUAAAGGCACUGCUCUUCCGUUUUCAGCAGACACAAUUGGCAUUGAAGACGACGACGAGCCGCUUCCCACAAAAGUGUUCUUAUUGGGCGAACAAAUCAAGUCCUUAAGCCACUCUGGAAACCACACCGAGCACAAAGCCGCCGACCCAAAUCAUAUUGAUCCCAAGUACUAUGCCCCCACGCCGUCUGAGCACUUGGCUACCACACUCCGACUCCAGAAUGGAGGUGUAAAAAAGGAAGACGUUGCUGUGGAUCUCAGAACUGACGAAACCGGAUACUUGGGAGACGGAAAAUGGAAACAAAGAUUUUCCCCUUCUGUGUUUGACCGAGCUAUGGAGCACGAUGAGAAUCUUGGAUUUGAGCACAAGCCCAGAGUUCCGCCAAAAAUACCUCGAGGGAUGUCGGAAAUGGAGUAUUAUGUGUUGGAGAAGGAGAAGUUUUUGAAGGACCUCAAUGGCAGGCGAGCGUAA